CUUUGGCCCUGAAAUACCAGUGACUGGAAGACAAAACUCAUUACAAAGCAGGAAGUGUUCCUGUUAUAUAUACACAGUUCCACAGUGCAGUUCAGAUUUCCUACUGUUGAGAAUCACAGAAAAGAACACUUUCGAAAUGCUUCUUCCAACUGUAAUCCUGUUCUUGACUGCUCUGAUGCAAACAUCUCUAGGACAGGAACUGGGCAAACUCACUGAAGAGCACAAAAAGCAAAUUGUUGACAUGCAUAAUGCCGCCAGGAGAAAGGUGGACCCACCUGCUCGCAAUAUGAUGAAAAUGAUGUGGAGUGAAGAAGCUGCCAAGAAUGCUGAAAAAUGGGCUGCUAAAUGUCUGGCGAUGCCUAGCCCCCCAGCAGAACGAACUGUGCAAGGAAGAAUAUGUGGUGAGACUUCACUGGAAACAAAUUAUUUUCCCACCUGGGAAAAAAUAAUUGGUCAGUUUUCAAAGGGAUCGAGAUAUUUCAAAUAUGGCGUUGGGUCAACUGACACCACAAAAAAUGUUUAUGGCUAUACUCAGAUGAUUUGGCACAACUCAAACCAGGUCGGAUGUGCAACGUCUAUCUGCCCAAAGAGUGCAAAUAAAUUCUAUCAUGUGUGCCGAUACUGCCCUCCAGGAAAUAUAGUAGGACAAUUGGAAAAACCCUACAAAGAAGGCCCACCAUGUGGAGACUGCCCUGAUACCUGCGAGGAUAAACUCUGUAACAGGUCAUGCGAGCACACUGAUUCAUAUGCCGAAUGCAACCUUAUUGUAGAAAGAUUCUCUUGUAAGAACCCAUAUGCUGAAGAAAGUUGUCCAGCCACCUGUAAAUGUCCAAAAGGUGUUAUUUAAUAAAUACAGAUGCAUUUCAA